GCGACAGCGACGACACUACAGAAAGCGCUCCUCUCAUUGCUGCUGCACAGCAGCUUGUGCUCUAAGCUUUAUUGUUGCCAACUUUCCCCGCCCACCUUGCUCCUCAGUUGACCUGAGCAGCGAGAUUAUGGUCGUUACGCGCAGAACAUCGGUCCCAAUGCCCCCCGCGUCAAGAACGACCUCAACGCAGGCCACCCCAAAGAUUAACAAAGGCAAAGCUCCUCAGUCCCCCUCUCAUGAGCAUGGCGAAGUGGAAGACACUCUCCUGAAUGGAAUGUCUUCGCCGGAGAGAAGAUACGUUGGUCCCCAGUUCUCCGACGAUGCACUGUUCUCGGAUGGAUCCCCUCCAAGGAAAUCCGUAAAGGACAAGACAAAAGCAAAAUCAAAGAAAAAAGAGGAAAAGGUCAAGUCGCGAAGACAGAAGCGACCAUCGAGCUGGCUUGAUCUCUUUUCUCGCAUGUUUAUUCUCGGUUUCCUCAUUUACUCUUUGUCCAUUUGCCCGACGGCCGACUUGCAAGCAUCACCCGUAUGUCGGGCCCUUUCCGAGUACCGUCGUUUAAUCCUGGAGCCAUACGUGAUCAACCCCGUUCAAAAUCUCCUCCUUCAUCCAUCGGUUUCUCCCUACACAACUCCAGUCAUAGAGAAAGCACGCCCCAUCAUCUCCCGGUCGCAGGAGGAAUGGAAUUCUCGCGUCGUACCUCAGUGGAAUGCCAAAGUAGUACCACAAUGGGAGAAGCAUGUUGUUCCCCAGUGGAGAGCACAUGUCUCUCCGCAGCUAGCUCGCCUAGACACAAAGCUAGACCCAUACCGUCAGCGGACUGUUGAAGCAUACAACAAGCACGGUGCUCCGUACGUCAAGCAGGCUCGCAUGCUUUUGUACAAGACACGCCCCUAUGUCAUCCUAACUGCCGCAAGGACAUAUGACACGUAUCAAGCAUCAAAACCUUAUUUGUCUCGUUUUUAUGAGCAGCUUCAACGAUUGCCUCCGCUUCUUUCCAAAUACGUGAUCAGACCGCUUGCAUCUGCCCGUCGUCAGUUCGUUGAUCCUCACGUCGCACUUCUUUGGGAAAAGAUCGAGGAACUAAGCUCAGGUACCAAGGAACCCCAUGAUGUACCAGAUGCAAGCGUCGAAGCAGAAUUACCCGUCGCGACGUCGUCGAUUGUUAAAGAGGCUGAAGGAUCAAGUUUGUCUGUUGAAGUUGAGGUUCCCGUUGUCACUAAGACAUCGGUUGGAGAUGAGCCGCUUGCAUCCGCUGAAUCAGUCGCUUCUGCGUCGUUGUCUCUUGAACUGACUACUACGAAAGGCUCCGCGGAGACUGCUUCAUCUACAUUCGUGCCAAGUGAAGAACCCGAUAAUCUCUCUUCUGCGUCAUCUGUAAUGUCCGGUUCCUUGGUUCCUGGAAGUGAGACUUCGGAGUCCGUACCAGGUGCAACCUACUCGCCGCAACCAGGCGCCACGUCGGAGACUAAUUCACUUCUGGGAGACGACUCAGGAUCUCAGCAGGGAGUUAAGAUCGAACCAAAGACAGUUGGCGCUUCUUUGGAUAAUGAUGUUGAGAAUUCCGAGGCAACGGCACCAAGUAUUCGCGAUGAUGCGUCUGAAGUCGCCGAGGAAAUUUCCGCAUCCAUAAAUAUCCCCAAGCCUCACAGACCUCCUCAACCCGUUCAUUCGUCCGCUUCCGUGAACGAGGACGACGAUUUAGAUCAGCUAUUAGCUGAGUUGGAACUAGAUGUGGAGGAAACAAUCUCUAGCGACCCACCUUCUACUUCAUCGGUCAUUGAAGAAACCGAAGAGCAGAAAGCCGCACGCGAGGCAGCGCGUUUGGCUGAAGUUGCCGAAAAACGGCGUGAACUUACCGCGCGGCAUACUAGAUGGGAAGAGAAGUUGGCGGACACAAUCAGUGCACAAAGUGCAUCACUCAAAGAGGCUAUAACAUCAAUCCGACGUGUAGGAGCAGCCGAACUCAAGAUUAAUCUGGCUAUUCGUGCUGCUAUCCAGACGUUGCAUACUGAAGCAGAGAAAGCCUUACGUGGUACGGAUGCCUAUUUCACGAAACUGAGGGUGGGAGGAAAGCCACGCGCGGAACAGGCUCGUCUUUGGGAUCGUGUGCUCGAAAAGGUGCAGGCCAAGUUCGAUGAGCGUGUAGAUGAAGUAGAAGAAACGGUCAAUAAAUGGUAUCAAGAAGAAGUCCUAUCAAAGGAGGGCGAAGAGAUCGAGAAGGCUUCUGCGACCGUGAGGAAUGUCGCAGAUGAAGCGCAAGCUGAUAUUGGGCUUGACUAUGCAUGGCUCGAUGACGUGACCUAUUUGGACUGGAGACGUUACCAUGCUUUACUCGACACACAUCAGGCCUUUUUGGACGAGACAUUGGCCCUGGCCAACGGUUCUCACGAGAACGCGUUUCCGAAUGUGGUCUUGGACGCCUUUGAAGACCUUCAGGCCGAAGUACGUGAUAUUACUCUCGGCUUUGAGACGCGCAUGCGUCGUAUCAAGCGUGAAGGUGAACGCGCAUUUGCCGAGGAACAGCCUGAGGCCGAGCAGCCGGAACCUGAAGUAUCCAUCCUACCUGUUCCGAAUGACGACCAGAAAGAAAACGCAGUCUUGCAAGAAGUGGCUGAUGCUAUUGUAGGUCGUAGUGAAGAAGAGGUCGAAGCUGCUCUGAAUCGGGCGAAUGAGCAGCAAGAAAAAGCUGCCCACGUAGAACUUUAGUCUGCGGGGAAUGAUCAUAGCUUUCUGAGAUACUCUGUCUCUGUCUAUUGAAGCACUUUCUGACCAUUACUCCUCUGCUCUCCCCCGUCACUUCCCCC